AUGAGUGCCGGUGUGCAAAACGACAAGGGGGUGAAAAACAAUGGCGUUACGUUAAAUGAAGAAGACUGGUAUGAGAUAUUAAAUCAAGAAGGCGUUAUAACCAAUUUUUUCUUCAGUGAUGAUAUUUUCCAUUCGGUCAGUGCCAACUCCGUCUGUAUCACCUUUGAGAGAUUUCCAGAUUUUCAAACAAUCAAAAUUGAAGAUCGAUGGAGAAACGUCGUUUAUUUGGGUAAGGAGACCGUAUUGAAGCUAUUUCAAUUAGCCCCGCUGAUUGCCUACACCAUUAAUAUGCUGAAAACUCAGGAGUUUAGUAAGUAUUUCAACACACUUGUCCAAGAUGUGCGAACCACCAACAUCGAUGUGCGAGACUUCGUCAUCCAACACAUCUCUGAUUUGCCGCAUUCGGAGAACAUCAGGACUGCUAUGGAACUGGCAUACCAACAUCCAAACUUGAAGGAAUUCAACAAGGCUCCAACGCUGAAAUUUUAUUCAGACUAUCCUAACUAUUCUGUAAAGUCAUUGUAA